AGAGAGAGAGAGAGAGAGAGCAGUCGUUGGUGAGAGUAGCAGAAUCUGAGUCUGAAAACCCCAAAAAGAAAAUUAAAAAAAAAAUGGUGGUUUGAGUUUGAGACUGAGAACCAUUUCUUCUUCUUCUUCUUUAGAACGAUGUGAAAAGAGUGAUUCGAAGAAGAACCUCUUUGGUCUCUCUCUGGUCUCCUUCAACAGAGUCAUCAUCGGCACUCUACAAUUUUUGACAUCGAAUCAAUUUGUUUGUUUUGGUUUUUUAGGGUCUUUGUUUGUUUGAUCAGCGACUGGAAUAAAAUUUUGAAGAGGAGGUGGAAGAAUCCAUGGCGGUGGUUGAGAAUGCUGGAGUGGAAUUGGGGAGGAACGUGGAGGAAGUAGCGGCGGCGGCGGCGGCGCGUGGUGGUGGUGGUGGAGGAGGAGGAGGUGGUGGAGGAACCAACGAUCAGGAUCAACCGAAGCACAAUGGUUUGCAUCAGAACAACAAUGGUCCGAUUCUGAGGCCUCACGAUCAGAAUCUUUUCAUGAAUGUUGUGCCGGAGUUGGGGUUUGAUCAUGGCGCGAAGAUCGGGGGUCCUCAGUCGAUGCAGACAGUGGGAGUUGGGUCUGUUCAUCAUCAUCAGCAGCAGCGAUCGAACGGUGGGGAUUUGCAGAUGAAUGGGGAUCACCAUCAUCAUCAUCAUGAUGGUGGGGAGAGCUUUAAUAGAGAUAUGAGGGAAUUGAGGGAGCUUUUCUCGAAGCUUAAUCCCAUGGCGGAGGAGUUUGUACCUCCUUCACUUGCUAACAAUCAUGGAUUAAACGGUGGGUUUAUUAACAAUGGGUUUGGUCUUUUGCUUAACAACAACAACAACGGCAACAGAAAUGGGAACGCUAAUGGCUUCAAUGCUCGACGGAGGAAUAGCCAAGGAAAACGGAGAAUGAACAGCAGGACUAGUAUGGCACAACGAGAAGAUAGAAUUCGUAAAACUGUUUAUGUUUCUGACAUUGAUCAACAGGUCACUGAAGAACAGCUUGCGGCUCUUUUUAUCACUUGUGGACAGGUUGUUGAUUGCCGAAUUUGUGGUGAUCCGAACUCAGUACUUCGUUUUGCCUUCAUUGAAUUCACUGAUGAAGAAGGCGCAAGGACUGCUUUGAGUCUUGCAGGAACAAUGCUUGGAUUUUACCCUGUUAGAGUAUUGCCGUCUAAGACAGCUAUAGCACCAGUUAACCCAACAUUCUUGCCAAGGAGUGACGAUGAACGAGAGAUGUGCGCAAGAACCAUUUAUUGUACAAAUAUCGACAAAAAGGUUGCUCAAGCUGAUGUUAAACUCUUUUUUGAAUCAGUCUGUGGAGAGGUUUAUCGACUAAGGCUGCUUGGGGACUAUCAUCAUUCUACUCGUAUUGCCUUUGUGGAGUUCGUAAUGGCUGAAAGUGCAAUUGCUGCUCUCAAUUGUAGCGGUGUGGUUUUGGGGUCGUUGCCUAUAAGGGUAAGCCCAUCGAAAACACCUGUUCGACCCCGAGCUCCUCGUCUCCCCAUGCAUUGAGCUAUAUCACUAUCAUCAUCAUCAUCAUCUUUAGAUGAGCACACAACCACUGUCCAGAGUCCAGACAUAUAUAUUUUUUUGGUUAUGGUUCGAAAUGAAGUAAUGUUAGCAUAUGACACCCAUGUAAAGAAAGGAUGUUUUCGAUGUCUGUGGUGGUCAGUCUGAUGAUAACACACAAUGUUGUGUCUCUUCUCUUUUCCCUGCCUCUGGGGACCUUUUCAUAUUAUUAUUACUACUAUUAUUAAUAGGGCUUAUUAUGUUUAUUUUUAGAUUAUAGAGUUGGAACGGAACAUCGAGGCUUUCGGAAGAUUUACUUACCUACCUGUACCCGAAUUAUUUUGGGAUUUUACCCCCAAAGAUUUAUGUUCUGCUCUCUUUUCUCUGGUUACUCAAAGUAACAAAAAUGGGGUUUCUUUC